UCUGGUGCCCCGCCCCAAUUACUCCAGCAAUGAUGCUACUCUGGAGCAUUGCUUAACAUCCCGACCUGCCUCGCGGCGCUCCCUCUAGCCUAGCCUAGGCUACCUUGAACAUAAAGGACCCCACCCUAGGCGUGGUUCGCGUCUUUCCCGAAGUGCCCUGCGCACGAGGACUCUAAACAGGAUAUGAGGUAGGCCCACAGCUGGGCGGAAGUUGUCCGCGUCGGAAUGGCGGAGUACGAGCAAGUACAGAGGAGCGCGCUGAAGCUCAAAGGGGUGUCGGACUUGGGUGUAACGAAGCGAAAAAAGAGGAAGGACAAAGACAAGAGCAAGGUCCUGGAGCAGAUCGUGACCAGCAAAAAGAACGAGGAGGAGAAACGGAGGGGACUGGACAAGCGGACACCAGCCCAGAUCGCCUAUGAGAAGAUGCAGGAGAAGAGACAAAUGGAAAGAAUCUUAAAGAAAGCAUCCAAAACUCAUAAGCAGAGAGUGGAGGACUUCAACAGACAUUUAGAUACUCUCACUGAACACUAUGAUAUCCCCAAAGUCAGCUGGACAAAAUAGACUCCUACAGUGUUGAGUGGUAUGACCCUGAGGAAGAAGACUCAGUUGUGUUUGUUCUGGAUAAAUGUGGCAUGUUCUGUAAAUGCAUCCCCUCUUUUUUUUUUUAUGUUUCCUGCUAAGACUAUUUUUAAAGACUAUGUAAUCAAGUUAGCAAUUUGUUGCACUUUAUUAAAGUAGAAGUCAUGAUUAGUUUUUUAAGUUCUUUGUGACACAUAAUUUCUUUUAGGUUAAAAAAUUCUGUUAUUUAAUACAAAGUCAUUGAAACUUAUUAGUAAAGCUGUCCAGUUAGAAUAGUAUGAUAAUUCAAAUUCUGAGCCAACAGUUAACUUUUUUACACUGCCCAUAGGAAAAAACUUGCUAAGCCAGUACCAAUAGACCCUUAGGGUGCUAAUUACAGCUGAUUAACUUUUCAUUAUUCUUCUACAUGUUUUCAAUGGUUAAAGGAUGAUUUCCUGAGUAUACAAUCUCCCUCUAAUAAAUCUUUGCUAUAGUGUGAUCAUUUGAUGACUAACCUAGUGAUGAAGCUGCCCACUUAUAGGCUGGAUAAACAUCUAACAACAGGUUCAGAGGCAAAUAUUGGGACCUGCAUCAACAGUUUGAUAGAAUCUGCCAGAAUUUAUGCCCUAGGCCUAUGGUCUUUGGAAGGCUAAAGUUGCAUGCUUAUUUUUAUAAGGGAUCAGGGAGGACAUCAGAGGAGCAAAGCUACUCUUAGUUUGCUCUACUUGACAUGUCAUUUGUUAUUUAUUUUCUGGACUUAAGCACGUCAUUUGAUGUCUCUGGGCCUCAGUAUCCUUACUUGUAAAAUGAGAAGGUAGGACUCAGUGACCUCUGAGGUACAUUCCAGCUUGAAAUCUGAUCCCAUGUCUUGAAAGAAAAUAGAGGAAGAGUAUGUUAGAGCUAGGUUUCAUGCACUUUCAGUGCUUUCUUAUAUUGUUCCUGAAUCUCAAGCUGGGGGUAUGUAAGUCUUCAGGACUCCCAAAAUAGUCAUACACAGGACAGUUUCUGAUUGUUGCACCCCCUGAUCUGAAUUGAGCUACUAUCAGCCAGCUGGAAAGCUCUGUAGGUUCAAAGUGACAGAACUAUAGGCUUCUUUUUGGUCUGGGAUUUCUGCCCUGGUUGUUCCUCUACAGGCUUCAGAUUGGUCUAAAACAGUGAUGGCAGACCUUUCAGAGACUUGAGUGCCCAAACUGCAACCCUCAAGCGAGGAAGCACUUCAAUUGGGGUGCUAGGCAGAAGGAUGGAUAAUAUGAGAAAUGUCCUCAGGCACAUGUAGAGAAGGGGAAAGGAGCAGCCCCUUCCACCACGUAUCCCAUAGGCUCUUCAACAUGGGUCUAGAAGCUGGAACUGGCACUCCUGCUCUUCUCCUGGCAUCUGAGCCACACAGCAGCCACUGCUUCUGAAUUUACUCCCUAAUAUAUAAUCCAAGACCAGCAACCACACAACCAUUCCCUACCCUAGAAAACCACCUGAAUACAAUUACUCUGCUCAUUCUGCCUUGUAUCUCUGUCUCGGAACCAGGAAGUAGGUAUCAAAGCUGCCAGCUGGUACCUGUUCCUGCAGCCUUGUGCCCAGUACCCCUAUAGAUUCACAGCUCCUCACUAGGUGCUUGGAUCCCUUCCCCCCUCCCCUCACCUGGCCAGAACCUGUCCCCAAUGACCCUCUCAAUUUGUCUCAUUCACUGUGACUUUUCAAUUUGCUCAUCAGGAUUCAGUCUGGUGCAUUUUAUGCAUCUGUUUGGAGGAGUUUUGGGACCUUACCAUAUUGAUUCCUACUUCCCUGCCAUCUUGGCUCCACCUCCAUUUCACACAAUUUCUAUACAACCAUUUCACUUUCCAACAAGCAUCAAGGACACCAUGUUUCCUUCCCCACAAAUGUCUAGUCUAUAGUGACUGGCUGAUAGAACUAGUCCUCAAAGAACAAGGACUGGUGUUUUACCUUCAGCCAUCCAGAACCAAGAAUAGCCAUUAGAUUUGAUCAGAGUUCUCUUGUCUUUUUGUGUUGUUUUCAUUCACAUUACUAUCACUGUAUAUAUUUCACAUGCUUCAUUCUUCAGUUAACACAGGAUUUUCCAUGUUUCUCUAAAUUCCUCAUAUUCCUUAAGGUACAUAAUAAAGAAAUGAAUAAGGAAUAUACCAUGAUUUUGUUCAAUCAUUGCUCAAUCCAGAGAUAUUUUGUUUCCAGCCUUUUGCUAUUAUAAAAAGUAGCUGUAAGUACUUUUGUAUGUAUAGAACCAAAUUUCUUGAAACUUGAGACUUCAUUUAUUGAUUGGUGGGGAAAGGAGAAUCUUAAAUCUACUUGUGGAAAGGACUUUAGGGCUCAUUUAAUCUAACCCUCUCCUGGAAAAACUGAAAUCCAGAGAGAGAUUAGGUAACUUCCCAAUGUCACUCAGAUAGUAAACGUUAAAAGGUUUGAUUUUAACCCAGGCGCUCCGACUCCAGAACCAGCAGUUCUUUCUACUGCCUCCCCACAUUAGAAUAUAUGCCCUGGAUCAAAGGUAUGAAUAGUUUGCCUUUUUUCUAAGUUUUAUUUUCAAUUCCAAAUUCUCUCCAGCCCUUCCCCUGUACAUUGAGAAGUCCAGAAAUAUGAUAGCCAUUAUACAUAAGUAAUUAAAACAAUUUCCACAUUAGCUAUGGGGGGGGGGGGUGGUAAAUAAAUAUGGUUCAGUCUGCAUUCAAGAGUCCUUUUUUUUUUUUAAACCCUUACCUUCUGUCUUUGAGUCAAUACUGUGUAUUGGCUCCAAGGCAGAAGAGUGGUAAGGGCUAGGCAAUGGGGGUCAAGUGACUUGCCCAGGGUCACACAGCUGGGCAGUGUCUGAGGCCAGAUUUGAACCUAGGACCUCUCAUCUCUAGGCCUGGCUCUCAAUCCACUGAGCCACCCAGCUGCCCCCUCAAGAGUCCAUUUUGAUAGCAUUUUUCAUCAUGAAUUCUUUGGAAUUUUCAUUGAUCAUUGCUUUAAAGCAAAUUUCACAGUUGAUUAUCAUUACACUAUUGCUAUUACUAUGUACAAUGAUCUUCUGGUUCUCACUUCACUACAUCUGUUCACAUAGUCUUCCCAGGUUUUUCUGAAACCAUCCCCUAUCAUAUUUUUACAGCACAAUAAUAUUCCAUCACAAUAAUAUCCUGUACCUAACUUGUUCCAGCAUUCCCUCAGUUCCCAAUUCUUUACUACCACAAAAAGCUUUUUAUACUUUUGUACAUAUAGGUUCUUUUUCUUUGCUCUCUGUAGUACAGACCUGGUAGUGAUAUUGCUGGAUCAAAUGAUGUGCACAGUUUGAUAGCCCAUUGAGCAAAGUUCCAGAUUGUUCUCCAGAAUGGUUAGACUGGUUCACAGUUCUACCACCAGAGCAUUAGUAUCCCUAUUUUUUCAUAUCCCCUCCAGCAUUUGCCAUUUUCCUUUUCUGUCAUAUUAGCCAAUCUGAUGGGUGUGAAGUGGUACCUCAAGAGUUAAUUUUCACUAAUGAUUAUUAGUGAUAUAGGAGAUUUGUUCAUUUGACUUUUGACAGCUUUGAUUUCCUCUGAAAAAUAGCUAGUAUAUCCUUUGAUCAUUUGUCAUCUGGGGAAUUUUUUUUAUUUUUAUAAAUUUGGCUCAGUUCUCUAUAUAUCUGAAAAAUGAGACCUUUAUCUCAAAAAUUUCCCCCAGUUUUUUGCUUUCCUUUUAAUGUGGGAUGUAUUGGAUUUGUUUGUGCAAAACCUUUUACAUUUUUAAUGUUAAAAUUAUACAUUUAAAUUCUUAUGAUCUUUUCUAUCUUAUUUGGUCAUGAACUUUUUCACUAUCUAUGGAUCUGACAAGUAGUUUGCUUAUAAUAUUAUCCUUUAUAUUUAAGCAGUGUACACAUUCUGAGUUUGUUUUGGUAUUCUGUGUGAGAUGAUGGUCUAUUCCUAGUUUCUGCCAAACUGCUUCCCAGUUUUCCCAGCAGUUUUUGUCACAUAGUGAGUUCUUGCCCCAAUACUUAGGAUCUUUGGGUUUAUCAAACACUAGGUUACAGUACUCAUCAGUUGGGCUUGUCUCGAGUCACUCAAAAUUAUUUUCCAGAAAAGUCAAAUUCGUUGUUACUUCAAUGUAUCAAACAAAACAGACUUUCCAAUAAAACUGACUGUCAUUUUGCCAUAUUAUCUAAUUUGGUAGGUGUGAAAUGAUAUUUCAGAUGUUUUCAUGUGUAUUUUAAAUUUUGUUUCAUUAAAAAAAUGACAUUA